ACCAACAACACAAGAAAAAAAGUGUGUCAGUGUGCCAUCCAUCGUCGUCGUUGCCAGAAACAUCUCGCCUUGGAAGAGAAAGAUUUUCGCCUCUCCACCUUGAAACUCUCUCUGUUCACUAUCACGGUAUCACGACUUCUUCUUCAACCGGCGUUUACAUCGGGAUUCAUUCGUUUCGCGUCAUCUGAUGGACGAAGAAGAUGAGGGAAUCCGUCGAGAGGAUACGGAAGGAAAGGGCUUCACCGACUAGUCCCAGGUUGAUUUUAAGAAGAGUCCUCGUUUUGGCAGAAGGAAGACAAUACAGAGAAGCUUCUGCUGUAAUUUCAAAAUUAGGAUCCGUUGGUUUGGUUACUUUAGCCAGCGAACUUCCUUUGGAUUUAUUGGUGGAGGGACUUCCUCAUUCCGCGCAGUUAUUGGAAACACUUUUUUCAAAAUUAGUAGCUACUGGACAGAGGCCAAAUUUAAAUGCGGAACCUGUUCUGUGGCAAUUGGUGAGGUUGUUCGCUUUGCAUGAAGAUCCUGGGUUGAAAAGUAAAUUGGGAAGAUUGGCACAAGUUCUUUUGGAGUUUCAACCGGAGUUUUUUCGCGUUUUGAGUUCUAGAAGGAAAACUUUAGAACAAGCUGUUCAAGGUUUGGGUUGUCACGGAUUAACACAAACGGCCUCUGGUUUAACUCAUUUACAUGCCGCUCUGAAGUCCGAACUACAAAGGCACAUAGAAACAUACAAAGCGGUGUUACAUCGCUUGGACGAACUUGGUUUAUGUACAAACGAUACCAAGAAACCAGUUGAUGCGUCCCAUCAAAGGUUACUAUCGUUACAUCACAACGAAGUUCAACAAAGAUUAAUCGAUAAUAAAACGAUUUUAACAUUAAUGGAUAAACCAGCUUUACAACAAUUAAAACCUUUAAUUGAAAUGCUAAUGGAGAGAGUGCAAAAUGAUAAGGAAGCUUUAUUUUGUGUAUCACAAUUAAAAAGAAUGCAUUCUGUUGUUGAAGACCGCCCGGUAGCUCAAUUAUUGAUGUGUUUUUCAAGGGCUUGUUCGUCCGUUUUGGAAUUAAUGCAACUACCAGAGAGUCCAUGCCACUCCGACGGAUAUCAUUCCGAACCGGAAACGGAUGCAGAUAGAGAAAAAGAUGCAGUUGGAAGAUUUGCCUCUCUUUAUUAUCAAAGUAGACCAAGAGCAUUGGAAUCUUUAGAUGACCUCCCGGAUUUAACACACGCCAAUCAAUUAAAAUCAAAAAUUCUUUUUUCAGUAGUUGUGCUUGCUUUUAGGACAUGUCGUCAUUUAAAAGACACAAAAUUAAGAGAAACAUUCCGAAAUCUUCACAUUGACGUAAGAAACUCAUCUGCAAAUUUACUAAGGUCAACGAUAACGAAAUGUUUUGCAACAACAUUCGAUACGUUCCCGUUAAGCGAAAUUGAAACCCAAAUUCGCAAUUUGGUUUGCGACACUCUUCAAGAGUACAAAUGUCUGGAUUCGUGCGAAGGAUUACGAAGAUAUGUUGCGGAAGUUUCACGAACAGUUUGGUUUUUAAUCAAUCAAGAUCCACCUUUUGAAUUAGAAACCAAUUUUACGAUUCCGACAAAAUUUAGACCCGAUUUACAUCUUAAACAUCAUUCUUCUGAUAGAACGUCUGAUAAUGUUAAAUGUUAUUUGUGGCCAGCUUUAAUACAAUCGGGAAAUUGUGUACAUAAAGCUGUUGUUGUUACUGAUGGAGGAUAAAAAUUAAAAUUAUUUAAAAUUAAUUUAAAGUGGGGUUGGUGUAAUUG